CUCCCUGUGAUCGAACCCAUUCUUUACACUUUUCCCAACCGAAGCAGCAACGUUGUUCUUGUAUUUGAGGCGGAAACCAAGCACGUGGCCGAAGUUUUUUCACCCCUUUUUGGAUUUAUUCCCUACACAUAGCUUCUUGACAUUUUUUCCUGCAUUAGGAAUGCCACCUAAAAAACGAGCGGCGACUUAGAGAUCCCCGGCCAGGGGGUCGGAAUGAAACGUCGUAACCGUCGGACAACAGCUCAACUCCGGGAAUGAAGUCCAAAUCGCACGGUCACACCUUGGACGGAUCGACAAGCCCCGGCAGAGGGACAGCCACAACCCCCUGAAGAGGUCCCUCGAUUCUCACUUGAUAAUACACCGGAUAACCCGGACAGCUCACAAUCUGUGGAUAACGGUUGCCCUGUUACUGUUACAGUUUUCAUUUGUGUACCUUGAAAAAGCGUGUGACGAGAAACUGAUUGUGUUCGAAAAGAAGCUGGCUGACCUAGAACUUGUUACCACGAAACUCGCCCUUAAGUUAGAAGACACUGUGAAAAAAAUGGACGAAACGAGGAAAAAUUUGGAACAUGCAACGCUUACCAUUGAAGAUUUAACAAAUGAAAAUAUUUAUAUUAAAGAACAGUUACGAGAAGCACUGACGGGAUUAACAGAAGUGACACACCUUCCCAUAACAAAUGCAAGUGCGCCAGGUACAAAUACACAGGGAACCAUUAAUAAACCCACAAUGCAGGAGAAAAGACGAAACUCCCCACCAUCACAAGAAAAACGACUCCUCAUAGGGACAAACCAUACCACCACAGCGGCCUCUAUCAAGCAUGGAAUUGGAUUUACAGCGGUUACAACGGACCAUCAAACACACAUGGGGAUAGAUCAGACAGUUCAUUUCCCCAAAGUAAUAACCAAUGACGUCAAUGGACUUGAUCCAUUUACCAGUGUUUUUCGAGCACCCACUUCCGGUUUAUAUCUUUUUAGCGCAUCCAUAGUUAAUCAUCCUGGUCAGGAAGUUCGAUGUGCUUUUGUUAAAAAUGGUAACAUAAUUGCUCAAAUAUAUAGCGGUGACAGUUCUACAUAUUCUACAGGAGCAAAGUCAGUUCUUCUUGACCUUUCAACAAACGACGAUGUAUGGAUAAAAAUUACCGUUUACAACGACGUGCAUAUUGAUGGAAACGCUUGGUCUUCCUUUAUGGGUGUGUUGAUUUCAACGUAGAUGCAUAAAAACGUUCUCUAAGAAUUAACUUUUUCGAUGCUUUGUUCUGUGUACCAAGUAAUGUUAAAUAUUUAGCCUAGUAUUAUCCAGUUUACAGUAUAACAUUACCAUGCAAUCACAUUAACAACAUAUAGUGUUACUCAAUAAUCACAUUUACAAUAAAGUGUUACCCAAUAA